UCGCUGAACUUCAAGUUGGAAAUACUACGUCGGCUAUGGUACCCUUAUGUUUUAACAAUAGCUGUUCCGAAAAAUCCUUACCAUAUGGCGAAAAGUUAUAUUUCUCCAUGAAUUGUUCAACAAUUGUUUGAAUCAUUGGGACUUAAGAAAAUUUUCGCUAAAAUUCAUUUUUGGCUCAAUCAUACAAAAACGGUUUGAAAUAAUACCAAACAUAUGAGGAAUAAUUAUAUCGUACCAUUAAUUGUUGUGCAAUUGUUUCAAUUAUUAGGACUUAGGAAAUUUAGGAAAUUUUCCGCUUAGGUUUCUUUGACUAAAUCAUACCGAGUAUCAUAACUUUUAUCAUACCGGCUACAGUACAAUUAUGUUCUAACAAUAGCUGUUUCGAACCAUCCUAAUCGUAUGACGAAUAGAUACCGUUCAUUAAAUUGUAGGAAAAAAAAUCAACCAUUCGAAUAUGUCAAGAUAAGUGCAACAAUUCGGGAAAUAGUACCAUUUUAAUUUUGUUAUAUGGUUGUGACAUUAUAUCAACAAUAUCACAAAUGGUAACCAUACCAGAAAUAAUUUUCUUAUGAUUUCGACAGUUUCACCUUUGGUAUUUGAUUAUGCGGGCGUAUCUUAGUUUUUCUUAAAAAUGCUUACAAAACGCGAGUCAGCCAAUUCUAGAUGGCCCUGGUCAAAAAUAGAAGAAAAAAGGGUUUUUGAAAUCUGUGAAUUUCAGGGAUUGACUUGCAAGCAACGAAAUACAAUGAAGGUCUGGUAUUGCAACAUGAUUAUGCUUGAUAUUUACUGUUUUUAGAACUUUCGCCUAUAUCUCAAUCACUCAAUCUAAUCAAUAAAAUAAUUUAAAUUGCUAAGCAAAUCAAUUGAACUUUCAAACUCAAUGCAUUCUUUCAACUGUCCAUUCAAACCCGUCUUAUGUUACCACCCUGCCCAUCGUAACCCCCCAAAACUCAUCGUCGUCACAAACACAGUCCGCUCCUCGCGUGCGUACGCGUGUGCGUAUAUUUAUGUUUUGGGGCGUGAAUGCCGAGUACGGUCACCGCGCGCCGGUACCAAGACACCAACAUCCUUUUAAUGCUGUUCAUGUAUUAUUUUCCUUUUUAUUUUUUGCACUGUAGCAUGUUCUCUACCCUGAACCUCGAGUUCAGAGAGAGAGAGUUGGAGUCUUUUUAUGCUGCGCUGCGCCGCGCCUGCACCAACACUAUUACUCCAGAGGCGUAUUCGCGCGGCUUGUUCUGGGACUCUCGGAGCCAGAGCCAGGCAGUACUUCUUCACUCUCCGACCAAUGUAGACAACACCGCCGCCGCCGCCGUCGUCGUCGUCUUCGUCGCGCUCAGUGUGUACUUUAAAGUUGAGGAAAAGAAGAGGGGAACCAGAGAGAACAUUAUUUGCUGGCGAAAAGCGCAAGAAUUAUCGAGGAAGAAUUAGCCAAGACGCGAGCGCGCGAGUUCGAAAGGGUGUUCCAAAGUGCAAGCAGCAGAUCUUCGCAAAAGUCUAGCCUAGCAGCAGCAGCAGCAGCAGUUGGAAUAUCGUGAAAUCAACCCGGAAAUUCCCAACUAGCACCAGCACUCAUCUACCAGCAGCAGCAGCCCCACCCCGUAGCACACGCGGGCAACGCGACAGCAGCAUGGCAUGGCGAUUUAAGGCAUCCAAGUACAAGAACGCCGCCCCGAUCGUACCGAAGCCGGAAGUAUGCAUCCGCGACAUCUGCGUCGGCUCGUACCAGACGUACGGGAACAACAUCGCCGCUUCCGCUGCCUUCAUCGCGUUCAACUGGGAGCACGCGGGCUCGAGCCUGGCCGUCCUGCCGAUCGAUGACUGCGGCCGGAAGAGCAAAACGAUGCCGCUGCUGCACGCCCACUCGGACACGGUGACCUAUCUGGACUUUUCGCCGUUUCACGACGGGUUGCUGGCGACGGGAUCGCAGGACUGCCUGGUCAAGGUGUGGCACAUCCCGGAGAAGGGGCUGGAGAGUUCGAUUUCGAAUCCGGAGUGUUCGUUCUCGACGAAGCAGCGGCGGGUUGAGACGGUCGGGUUCCAUCCGACGGCGGACUGUCUGCUGUGGUCAACGGCGAUGGGCUGCGUCAGUUUGUGGGACUUGACGAGUCAGCAGGAGAGCUUUUCGAACAAUGAACAUCCGGAGGUGAUUCAGUCGUUGAGUUGGAAGGGCGACGGGAAGUUGUGCGCGACCAGCUGUAAGGACAAGAUGGUGCGGAUUUUGGAUCCGAGGGCGGAGUCGCCGAUCUCGUUGGUCGCCGAAAGUCACCAGAGCAUCAAGGACUCGCGGGUGGUUUGGUUGGGCGAUCAGAACCGGGUGUUGACGACUGGGUUCGAUGCGGCACGGUUGCGGCAGGUGAUCAUCCGGGAUUUGCGGAACUUUGCCGUGACGGAGAAGACGCUGGAGCUGGACUGCUCGACGGGAAUUCUGAUGCCACUGUUUGAUCCGGACACGAACAUGUUGUUCCUGGCCGGGAAGGGGGACACCACGAUCAGCUACCUGGAGGUGACGGACAAGGAUCCGUACCUGAUCGAGGGCAUCCGACACUCGGGUGAGCAGACCAAGGGUGCUUGCUUGGUGCCGAAGCGGGCGCUGCGGGUCAUGGAGGGCGAGGUGAACCGGAUUAUGCAGCUGACGUCCAACUCUGUGAUACCGAUCAUGUAUCAGGUGCCGAGGAAGACCUACCGGGACUUCCACAGCGAUCUGUACCCGGAGACCAACGGGUUUAAAACCGAGCUGACCGCCACCCAGUGGCUCAACGGAGUUAACAUGGCCGUUCCAAAGAUUAGUUUAGACCCGGCGAAGCGCGAACUCGGCGAACAGCCCAUCAUUAUUCUAAGAGGUAACCUAACCGAAGUGGUCAAGAACAUUGCCAACAAGUCGAAGAACGCGUCGACAACCAACAACUGCACGGCGGCCAAGAUCGACCGCGAGUCGGCGGUGGCGGCCACGACGAUCGUCAAGCCGACCUUCGUCCCGAUCAAGGACAAGAUCAAGCAGAUGGAGCAGCAGUCACACAGCGAAAAGAGCGAGUUUGAGCAGCGCUUCAAGGAGGUCACCACCAAGACCAGUACCAACGCGGAGUUGAUUCAGGACGUAGCGGAAGCCAACGGGAACCAUCCGGAGGAGGAGCUGGGAGAUGAUCGUCGCGACAGCAUCGAGGAGUCCGAUCAACCGGGCGAGAUCACUCCGCCCAAGCCGAUGCCGCGGACUUCGCGCAACAACUCGGUGUCCGAGCAGCUAUCGGGAGCUGCUGGAGACGAGCCGGUCGUGGCGGCUCCAAGGCCGGUGGCCCGUCCCAGGACUACCGCUACCGGAUACAAGCCCCGCCUCGGUCCAAAGCCGUUCAGCAGUACCGGCUCCUCGGCGGAGUUCUCCUUCGACAAGGUGUUCAACGUGCCGCAAGCGCCCGGCUCCGAGAACGGCGAAUCCCAGCGGGACUCCAACGAGAACAGUCUCGCGUCGAACGGGAGCGUCGACGAGCCAACGUCCCACGAGAACGGUAACGGUAAGGUAGAUGGGGAGGCGGCUUCCGCUGAAGAUCUGCCCGAGGAGGUUCCACUGCGAGCGAAAGAGACAGAGGAGGAGGACAAGCCCAGGAUCAUCUCGACCGCCGAGCGGAGAAAGUCGGGCGAUCGCGAAAAGAUCUUCGAGUCGAAGGCGUCCACCGAGUCGGAGGAUCAGUUCGAUGCGGCGCUGGACGACGUGUCGAACCAGUUUGAACGGUUGAGCGGCCAGCGGACGAGCAUCGCCGAGCGGCGUCGCAUGUACGAGAGUCGAUCGCAGAGCGUUCAGGAGGAGAAGCCCGCUUCGCCGGUUCCGUUGCGGCGCCGUGAGUCACUCAAGGUUCGUGGCGAGCAGAAGCCGACCGAUGAGGAGGCGAUGCCUCCGCCGGCGAGCGUCGAGUUCACCCGGAAUCGGAGCGACCUGUCCAAGGAGAACCUGCCGGCGGACAUCAACAAGCGGAACAACAGCAAUAACGCGUCCAACACGGCUUCGAAGCGAACGUCGACGGUGUUCGGGCGGGUCUCCAAGUUCCGGCAUUUGAAGGGAACCCCCGGUCACAAGUCGACGCACAUCGAGAACAUCCGGAACCUCAGCAGGCAGAUCCCCGGGGAGUGCGACGGGUUCCAGGCGAAUCCGGAGCGAGUAGCGGUUCCAAUCUCCGGAGCCGGCGGCAAGAUCGCGAUCUUCGAGCUCAGCAAGCCGGGUCGUCUCCCAGACGGAGUGAUCCCAUCCCUCGUCAACGGUAACAACAUCAUGGACUUCCAGUGGGACCCCUUCGAUAACAAGCGGCUGGCCGUCGCCUGCGACGACGGAACCGUCAAAAUCUGGGCCAUCCCGGAGGGUGGCCUGACGGAGCCCACCAACGAGCCGGAAAAGGAGCUGGUCGCCCACUCGGACAAGAUCUACAUCAUCCGGUACCAUCCGCUGGCGAAGAACGUCUUCCUGACUGCCAGCUACGACAUGACGCUCAAGAUCUGGGACCUGGACACGCUGACGGAGAAGUACUGUCUGCGCGGGCACACCGAUCAGAUCUUCAGCUUCGCGUGGAGUCCGUGCGGGGCGUAUGGCGCGACGGUCUCGAAGGAUGGGAAGAUCCGGGUGUACAACCCGCGCAAGUCGGAGAACCCGAUCCGUGAGGGACCGGGACCGGUGGGAACGCGCGGUGCCAGGCUGGUGUGGGCGAUUGAGGGGGAGUACAUCGUGGUGACUGGAUUUGACAAAGUCUCCGAGCGGCAGAUCUACGUGUACAAGGCCACCGACCUGAGCGCCCACCUCGGCAUGGUCGGCCUGGACGUCUCGCCGGCGAUCCUCAUCCCGUUCUACGACGAGGACAGCUCGACGAUCUUCGCGACCGGCAAGGGCGACUCCACCAUCUACUGCUACGAGAUCACCGAGGAGUCCCCCUUCAUCUGUCCCCUGUCCCAUCACAAGUGUUCCUCGCUGACCCAGGGUCUCAGCUUCCUGCCCAAGAACCAGUGCGACGUGGCCUCCGUCGAGUUCGCCAAGGCCCAACGGCUCACCAACGGCACCGUCGAACCGCUCAGCUUCGCCGUACCGCGCAUCAAGAGUGAACUCUUCCAGGACGACCUCUUCCCGCCCACCAAGGUCCUGUGGGAACCGACGCUCACCGCCAGCGAGUGGCUCUCCGGCAGCAACAAACCCGCCGCGAGGAUCAGCCUGCAGCCGGAAGGGAUGGACACAUUGUCGUCGAUCCAGCCGGCGGUGACGACGCCGACGCCGGCCAAGAAGAGCGACUCGACCAACAUCAACCAGCUCAUCGGCCAGCAGACGCAGUUCAACAAGGCCUGGAGUGCGGACCUGGUGCGGUCCAAGCAGGACGAGGUAAGCAGUACGUAACACACCACCCACCCUACACCCUCAAGUGUGAUGUGUGUUGUAGCUUUGAGUAGUUGUUGCAUGGUUUUGUUUCAGGAAGAAAGGGUCGAGAAUCGAGUCCAUUUGCAUAGCAUUGGCGCUCGGAUGGCACGUCGGCGGGUUGUUUUUGGAGAUUCGGCAAAGUUAUACCUGUUGUUGAUCGAAAUAUUUCGAUCGU